UCCCUUUCAGUUUAAAUUUACAUUUUCUAUGGGACCUGGCUGUUGAGCAAUUGAACAGUUUGUGAAAGGAGACACACCUCAACCCGCGAGAAGUGACCUCGAGACGCACUGAUGAGGGCCGAACCACUUUGUCGUUUGAAAUAUUGAACAGUUGGAGAAGUCGUGUCGGUUUCUACUUUCAGAUCCGCGUGAUCCUGGUCUGUCACUGCCACCAGGAAGGAGGGUCAUGGCGGAACCGGAUUACCUGGAGGGAGACUGUGAUGAGCUCAUCAAACCCAAGAAGCUGAUCAACCCUGUCAAGAGCUCCCGGAACCACCAGGACCUGCACCGAGAGCUGCUCAUGAAUCAGAAGAGGGGCCUGGCUCCUCAGAACAAGCCUGAGCUGCAGAAGGUUCUUGAGAAGAGAAAGAGGGAACAAAUCAUCAAAGCUCAGAAGGAGGAGCAGGAGGCUCACAAAAAGAAGAGUGACCUGGAAAUAGAGCUCAUGAAAAGACAGCAGAAACUUGAACAGCUUGAGAUGGAGCAGCAGAAAAUUGAGGAAGAGCAAGAGAACACCCCUGAGUUUGUGAAGAUGAAGAGCAACCUGCGCAGGACCAAACAGGAAACGGACGGAGAGGAACGAACCACCUAAAAAAGUGGCGGCAGCGUCUGGGUACCGAGGUGUCAGGAGAGUAUUACAAGAACUGUGUCGCGUUUGUGACACGGCGUGAAGACGUGCCCGAGAUGAACCUCUUGGCUUUCCCAACCGAGCUGUUCCUUCCUGCCGCAAAAGAGACUUUAGAGACUAAAGACCCCUGUCUGUCUGCUUGCAAUGAUCUGCCAGCACUCACACCAUCCAGCAGCACACGGCACCCCCACCGGAGGGAACGGACACGGACACGUUACAUGAUUUUCCACAAGAGUGGGCGAGUUUACGACGAGCUCUGGUGGAGUAAACCAACACUCAGUAGUUUUUUACCCUCUAUGGUUUCUCUCCUUUCUACAAAGUUAGCUGUUGUUUCGAUUCCUGAUGUUGUCAUUGUUGUUUUUCUGUUUUCAUCUCCAGAAGCAAAAGAAAAAAAAACAGAAAAGUGGACACUGGACGGACUCUUGAAACUGUGUAAUAUAAAAAGCCAAACAGAUGUGCUUUCGUUAUUUAUGUUGGUAGCUUUUAGCCGAGCAAUAGGGGGAGGACAUUUUUAGUAAAUCUGUAUUUUACUUUGUUUUACAACACACUAUGUGAAGCCAGAACUGGACAAAGGGAGUUGUAUGAGGGAAAAACUCAAGUUUCCUUUAUUCUUUUAAAAGUUAUUACCAUGCCAUUUUCCAAAUGAAUGCGGUUAGGAGAAAUCUUAGAACUCCUGGGCUUGAGAAUGAAAUUUCUUUGUAAAUUCUGUUUUAUUUUUAACAAAGUACUAUUCAAUUUUGUAUGAAAAAUUGUGUUAAUAAAUAAUUUACUUUUUUGGCUGACCUUUAAAA